GUUGGGUUAUCAGUUUUACGGUUAUCCAGAUGGUUUAGAUAAGACUCAAAUACAAAAUAUUAGCAAUUUAGUCAAAACUGAACUAACUCCUAUAGAAAUAAACUUUACUCAAGAAGAAAAUACAAAUGAACCAAUCCCAAUGGAAACUAACCCAAUACAGAUUGGCUUACCAAUAAGUAAUAGUAAUAAUCUUGGUAAAGGUAAAGAUAGAUUAGUUCCUAUGGAAAUCCUCCCAUCUCAUAUAAACAGUAUUAAGAAGAGUUCUAAUGGCUACACAAAAAAUGGAAAGAUAGAUCUAUCAUGCAAAAGAAGUUAUAUGAACAAGAUUCUCUGA